UAUCUCUCUAGAUCUAUAUUCUUUCUUCUUCUCUUCCACCUUCUUUUCUAGUACGACGAUUAUGUAUAUAAAUUAGCUUCGAAUAGACCGUGAUAGAUAGAUAGAAGCUUCUAGAGAUUUUCAAUAUUUUUCAUAGAGAGAAUCAAACUUGAAUUGUCCAAGGUCAAACCAAAAGGAUGGGAUACGCAAGGAAAAUGGAAGACGACGACUCUUCAUCAUCACUGAACGAAGCGCUUUUAGUAGCAACUGUGUGCAUAAUCGGAUUGCAGGUUCAUGUUCACGUCAACGAUGGUUCGGUGUUCUCUGGGAUAUUCUACACAGCCUCCCUCGAGAACGGCUUUGCCAUCGUUUUGAAGAAUGCAAAAAUUACGAAGAAGGGGAAAAGUAAAGCGAAUGUAGCAAGCGGGAGUGUGGUCGAGACGCUUGUUAUUCUGUCUUCCAAUAUUGUUCAAAUGGUUGCAGAGGGAGUCUCGCUUCCAUCAAAUGUUACAGGCAAUAAAGAGGGUGAAUAUGUUGGAUCAGCCACAGAAGUUUUACCUUCUGAACCUCGUCUGUGUGCUGAAGGCAAGGGCAACUAUCACAGGAGACAGGCAGGAGCCAAGAUUUUGAAGCGUAGUGGACAAAUUCCUGACGUUCACCAGGAGGAUAAUGUUGAUAUUCAAAGCUCAAGUUCUAGCUUGGAUAGCAUGUCCGAACGAGUUAAACCAAUAGAAGAAGAUAAGUUAAUGCUGGAACCUCUUAGCAACGGUUUUCACGAUGCUGCUGAAAGGCCCUCUUCAACUGGCAAUUUAUCGUCAAGUACAACUGCUGAUGAAACCUCAGAAUUGUGUCAGGAUUUAGUGGCAUCUUCAAAUGCAUCAGUACCCAUCCAGGCCGUUAAAAAGUCUAAGGAGUUCAAGCUGAAUCCCGAAGCAAAGAUUUUUUCUCCAUCUUAUACAAAACGUCUUUCACCGUCCCCUGCUAGUAUGCCUGGUGUUGGAAAUAUUGCAUAUAUACCAAGCAACACUCCCAUGCCACCAGUUCCUGAAGCUCUUUACCCAGAAGUUGGAAACAACGCUUAUAUCCCUCAAGCAUCUCCACCCUCCAAGUUUGUGCCAUUUGGUAACUUGACUGCUGGAAAUGCUGUCAGUGGAUUUCACUAUCCUCAACACAUGAUUGGGCCUACCGUUAACAGGGCACAGCCGCAGAGAUUCACCUCUCAGUACCAAUCUGUUCAAGCGUCACCGAUGUUUGUAACUCCAAAUCCUCAGGUGGCGGUCACGAGAUCGGGGCAGCUUGUAUAUAUCCAACCAGUUUCUCAGGAUCUGGUUCAAGGAACACCGCCUCUUCCACCUAUGCUCUCCCGUCCUCUACCAACCGCACAACAUGUCCAAUACCUGAAACAUCAAGGUGUUGUUGCAGCUGGCCAGCCGCUGCAGCUAUGUGUUUCUCAGCCGUUCACGGCGGGUGGACUGCAACCUUACAGCGUUCCCACCCAAUUUCCGGUCAUGCAGACUCCUUUUCCCGCGAAUCAGCAAAUGCCAAUCGCAGUUCCCAAUGGUUUCUUUGGCACAAAGUUUCCAUAAAUAGAGUGUCCUUGUUUUGGUUUCAUACCUUUAUUCUUUGCGUCUCCAAAACCUAAUAAGGGUUUUUAUAAGAAGCCAUUCUGGUUUGGUUUAUUUUUUCAUUUUUCCUUUCGAUUUUGGGUUUUUUGUUCGGUUUUUGGCAUUAUAUUGGUUUUGAUUCAUUGGUUUAUCGAGUUGAAUUAUGGAGAAACUAUUAUAGACUGUGAAAGCAUUAUGAUUCUUUUGGUUGACAUAAACAUAAGUUGGGAAACUUAUUAUAGAUCCAUAUUGGUCAUCAGUGAUCUUAAUAAUGUAACAAGACUCAGUUCAGAUGGGUCAAAUUAUAUACAUU